CCUAAAGAAAAAUUAAUAAAAAUUUAUUUUAUUUAUGGUAAUUUUUUUUAAUUAAAAAACACAAUUAACAACACAUGUGAUUGUUGUUUGUGACAAGAACAUGAGAAAGGGCAAGAAGAAAUUCCUAGAAGCAUCUAGUGAAUGAAUCUGAAAGUGGAAACCAUAAGAACCCAUUUGAAAAGGAGCAUCAAAUUACUCCAAUGAUUAUUACUAUUCCUAUUCCAAUCCCUAACCAACAAGAAUCAGGUUGAUAUUAUUAUUGUGUAGAAAAUGAGAGAUUUGCAGAAGAUGAAGGAUACUAUAGACAUGGAGGAUACUAUGGACAUGGAUAUGGACAAGGAAUUGCCUCAGCCAGAGCUUCAACGACAAACCCUAACUCCUAUUUCAAUUGUUACUUCUUCGCCUUCACCUUCACCAUCCCAAAACGACGUUGCUGGUGGGUUUCUUGCAAUGGCUCGUCAACUUAUCGACCAAGGCCAGCCUUCUCAGGCUCUUCAUGCUGUAGUUAUGGCUAUGAGAACUAAAGGAGGAGAAGAGGCCGUCUUCCACAUCUUGCAACGUGCACGUGAGUUGUAUAGAUCAAAGUUACGAGCAAGUGCCGAAGCCGAUCAGCUCGCCUCUUUAUUUGCCGAGUGUGUAAUAGCUGAAGCUCAGCCUACGGGAAGUGAACUGUCAUCAUCGCCAUUACCAUUACUGACACCAUCAUCAGCGGUGACUCCAUCUAGUGCUCCUGAUCGUGAAAUUGAGUCUGAUGCUUGCGGAAAGUCAAUUUUGGCGGAGAGUGGAAGAAAACAUAUUGUAUUAGAUGCCUUCUCGGAUGGUAAUAGUUUCAUCUGUUUGCAAUGCGGCGGUCUUGUUAGCAACCAUCGUAAGGACGAACAUAAUGCUUACUGGUGUCAGUUUUAAAUGUAGUUUGUAAAGGAUAUGACAUUAUACAAUGCUACCUAAAUAUUAACACUUAUUUUCAAAGUUUAGUUCAUUACAUAAUCAAAAGCUGUCUAGAUAAGGUACAAACAUGUUCUUGUUCUUUCCAAAAGGUUGCUUACUAUAGCAAAUUAUAUGAAAAUAAAAGGAAUCUUCUCGUUUAGAGGUAGGGGUGAGUCUAGACAUAUGUAAUAUGUUUAUCGCAUUUGACCUCUAAUGUUACGGGCGUCAAAUAGAAGUAUUAAUUUAUAUUAUUUUUGCUUUAGUUUAAUUACUUGUUUUUAAACACAAAAUCUUCAAAAAAAAUAUAAAAUAAACAAAACUUAAAAAAUAUUAUGUGUUUUUGAUUUGCU